UCCACCUUUACAAAUAAGAUAAGGGCAGUGCUGCAAGAACUCUGCUGGCACCGUGGUAAUAUUUAACCCAAUAAUUGUUCUUUGGGUGCGCAGGAAUUGCCAACAGAUUUCUCUACCAGCUGCUUUUUCUUUCCUUUGAAUAAGAUAAAUACAUUUUUACAUUGACACAAAAUGGAGCAGACAACAGAAAACGAGAGCUUGUCAUCAGAGAGGAAAGAUCCUGAAGUUGAAGAGGGCGGAAUUCGGCGCCGGCUGAGGGACAGAGAUCUCCUCAAGAAGAGGAAGGCUGAGGCAGAAGAGAAAGCUAACCAGUGGGUUUAUGGAGCUGAGAGUAGGAAGAAGGAAAGACGAGAAGAGAGGAGCACGGGUAAGAAGGGGCGUCCAAGGAAGAUUAAACCCCCAGCGGAAGUACAAUUGCCUCAGGAAGAGGGCCCUCUCAUGAAUGUUGCCCCUGCCCCAGCGGCUGAGACCGAAGCUUUUCCCACCAUACCAGCAGCACCUCCAGAGUCUGUGGAGGUCCCAGUUGUGGCAGAGGCAGAGCCACGUCCAGGUCUACUUUCAAUCCCAGUGCCGUUUCCAUUGCCCUCCAUCCGGGGUCCAUCCAUGCCAGUCUCACUUGUCCCAUCUGCCCCACCCCCCCUAGUCUUCUCUACUGCCGGUGCAGUCCCUGCCUCUGCCCCUGCCUCUUCUUCUGCAUUGGCAACAAGCUCUGGGUCCGCAGAAAAGGUUCUGAUUGAAGAUUUGGGUCCAGAUGAGGAAGAGGACCUUCCACUGGCCCAGAGUGACGAGAUUAUUGGUGAAGGUAGGCCCGCAGAUGAAGAGUUGCCUGCUGACAUGCCUGAGCAGGAUAAGACAUUUUCAUAUCCUCUGUUCGCCUCUCCACCACUCCAGCAAGAAUAUUUUCCAGGGAAUUUUAUAUAAAUGCAGUAUUUUCACCCAUAGCAUUCCUCUCAAAUUAAAUUAUGGUGCCCAUAAUGCCUAUUAAGUUUGGGCCAAUGUUGUUAAUAUCCUUUUUUUUAAAAGUAGCUGAUUUAUGAGUUGGUUGGUUUGUUGAAAUCCUUGACAAAAGUGGAGAAAAUAAACUUUUAUAGUUAUUGUGA